AUGAUCGACAUGCGCAAGUUGGAGGCAAAGGCAAAGACAGACACCAUCUCCACCAAGGAUCUUUGGGAGAAGGACGCAGAUGGAGCCAGCCUAGAGUUCUCCUCUCAAGCUCGACUUGAUGGGCAAGUUCUUCGGCUCAUGUGCACUCCUAAUUGGGGUGAUGCCAGCAGCAUGAAGCUUUACGAAGCCAAGCUCGCCGUGCAGCUCAAACCGGUCUGCAGUCAACGAGUGAAGAAAGUCAUGAGCCACAGCAAUGUGGGCAAGCAAUUGUGGCAAAAGCUGGAAGCAGCCGCGCGAAACGCUGUGUCUCCCUCAUCUGCGGCAAGUGAUGCGCUGGAUGCAGAGAAGGAGCUUUCUUCGGAAAUCGUUCGGGCCAUUGAGCAGGCAACCUCAGAGAAGUCAGUCCUCCAGUUGCUUUCGCAGGAGAUUCCAGUUUGUCAAAGCCAGUGA